UCAGCUGAACAACAACCAGCUCGCAGGCUCCAUUCCAGAGGACGUGCUUUCAGUCAUGACCAAUCUUAAACACCUUCUUCUCAAUGGCAACCAGUUCACGGGUUCAAUUCCUGGAAAAAUCAGCAAACUGCAACUCCUUUCAGAACUGUCUGUGGGCAACAACCUCUUGACAAACACCAUACCGGUUUUAACCGCACUCACCGAUCUCUUCUCUCUAGACUUGGGAAAGAACAGCUUUACAGGACCUAUUUCCUCAGAACUAGCUAAUUUGAAAAAGUUGCAAUAUUUUGCACUCCCAUCACCUCCAGUGCACUCCCAUCACCUCCAGUGCACUCCCAUCACCUCCAGUGCACUCCCAUCACCUCCAGUGCACUCCCAUCACCUCCAGUGCACUCCCAUCACCUCCAGUGCACUCCCAUCACCUCCAGUGCACUCCCAUCACCUCCAGUGCACUCCCAUCACCUCCAGUGCACUCCCAUCACCUCCAGUGCACUCCCAUCACCUCCAGUGCACUCCCAUCACCUCCAGUGCACUCCCAUCACCUCCAGUGCACUCCCAUCACCUCCAGUGCACUCCCAUCACCUCCAGUGCACUCCCAUCACCUCCAGUGCACUCCCAUCACCUCCAGUGCACUCCCAUCACCUCCAGUGCACUCCCAUCACCUCCAGUGCACUCCCAUCACCUCCAGUGCACUCCCAUCACCUCCAGUGCACUCCCAUCACCUCCAGUGCACUCCCAUCACCUCCAGUGCACUCCCAUCACCUCCAGUGCACUCCCAUCACCUCCAGUGCACUCCCAUCACCUCCAGUGCACUCCCAUCACCUCCAGUGCACUCCCAUCACCUCCAGUGCACUCCCAUCACCUCCAGUGCACUCCCAUCACCUCCAGUGCACUCCCAUCACCUCCAGUGCACUCCCAUCACCUCCAGUGCACUCCCAUCACCUCCGGUGCACUCCCAUCACCUCCAGUGCACUCCCAUCACCUCCGGUGCACUCCCAUCACCUCCAGUGCACUCCCAUCACCUCCAGUGCACUCCCAUCACCUCCAGUGCACUCCCAUCACCUCCAGUGCACUCCCAUCACCUCCAGUGCACUCCCAUCACCUCCAGUGCUCUCCCCUUACCCCUCCGCGUCACCCUUACGAACUCUGGUCGUUCUCCCCUCCGUGUUGCCUCCACCAAUCUUUCUGUCCAUUCAAAGCCCCCACAGUUCUGUGGCUACUGCAUUCCCCCUAG